UUGCCCUAAAAAAAAGCAAAAAAUUAAAAAGCAAACGCGAUAACGCGAACUCGCGAAGGAAGACGAGAGAGAGAGAGAGAGAGAGAGAGAGAGAGAGAGGAGAGAGGCAGUCGCCGCCGUCCGCCCCUUCAGCUCGCCGCUGAUUUUGGUCGCUGGGGAAGGAGAGGAGUGAUCUGAUGGGAUUCACUCGCGGGGGCCGUGUAGAAGUCGACUUGAUUCGGAGGGGAUCGGGAGAUCGGAGUCAUGGUCGGAGGCAGCGAUUGGCGAAGGAGGGAGGAUCCAGGCACCGAUUUUGAGCGGAAUCGUCUGUUCGCUGCGCUGCAAUAGAUCUCAUCAGGAAUGAAAAUGUUGCCAUUGUUAUUGGUCCUCAGAGCACUUUACAAGCAGAAUUUGUGACCUACCUAGCGAACAAGACCAAGGUUCCUGUCAUCACUUUCUCUGCAACCGGUGAUGCAGUCACUCGGUACCAUGUCCCGUACUUCAUUCGUGCUUGUUCCAAGGACUCCUAUCAGGUGGCCUCCAUUGCUGCAUUCGUCAAAGCCUAUGAAUGGAGAAAUGUUGUUCUUGUCUAUGAAGACAACAAUUAUGGUGUUGGCAUCCUCCCUUCCAUUACCGAUGCUCUUCAAGGUGUCGGGGUUAAUGUCAUUAACCGUUCUGCCUUCCCUGCUUAUUCCCCCAAUAACCAUAUAGAUGUGGAACUAUACAAGCUCAUGACCAUGCAGACGCGUGUCUUCAUUGUCCACAUGUUGCCAGCCCGUGCUUCCCGCCUCUUUGCAAGGGCAAAAGCACUCGGUAUGAUGACUAAAGGGUAUGUCUGGAUUGUCACAGAUAGCAUUGGUAUUGUCCUUGAUGUGCUUCCCCAACAUUCCAUUGAAAGCAUGGAGGGAAUUGUUGGUUUCCGGCCAUAUAUUGCAGAAUCUACAAGGAUCACUGAUUUCAGCUCUCGAUUUACCACCUUAUUCAGAACUAAGUACCAUCCAAAUACUGAUAUUAGGAUGGCAAAACCCACUAUCUUUCAAUUAUGGGCUUAUGAUGUGGCAUGGGCAGUCGCAACAGCAACUGAGAAGGUUCAUAGGACCAGAUCUUUGAACCCAACUUUUCAUCCUCCGGGAAACAUAGGCAAGAACUUAGUAGAUGAUCUCCCAGCAUUGCCUGCUGGUCCAGAACUCCUCAAUUCCAUUUUGCAAGGAGAGUUUGAUGGAUUGGCUGGACAAUUCAGGCUUAUCGAUAGACAUCUGCAGGUUCCCACAUAUGAGAUUGUCAAUGUUAUUGGAGAGAAAACUAGAGUUAUCGGGUUUUAUAGUCCUGAUUCUGGACUCACAAUGUCUGUGAACUCUAGAAUUAUCCAUGGUGAUGCUAAAUUUAGCACAAGUUCUUCUGAUCUGGAAAAUAUCGUUUGGCCUGGAGAUUCAACAACAGUGCCCAAAGGCUGGGACUUCCCAGUGAAUGCUAAGAUACUCCAGAUUGGUGUGCCAGUGAGACGUGAUUUUAAAACUUUUGUGAAUGUUGAGACUAAUCCGAACACGAAUAGAUCAACUGUCAGUGGCUACAGCAUUGAUAUGUUUGAGGCAGCUGUCAAGAAAUUACCGUAUGCUCUACGCUACGAGUACAUUCCCUAUGAUUGUGCUGUUUCAUAUGACCUGCUAGUAUCCCAGGUCUUUUACAAGAAGUUUGAUGCAGCAGUCGGUGAUGUGACAAUUAUUGCUAACCGAACUAGAUAUGUAGAUUUCACAAUGCCAUACACAGAGUCUGGUGUUUCGAUGCUUGUUCUAUCUAAGAGUGACGAUGAACCAACCACAUGGAUCUUCCUACAGCCACUAGCAAAGGACCUAUGGAUUGCCACUAUGAUCUUUAUCUUCUUCACAGGCCUAGUUGUAUGGGUGAUUGAAAGACCUAUAAAUCGCGAUUUCCAAGGGUCAAAAUGGAAACAGUGCAUCACUGCUUUCUACUUUGCAUUCUCCACUUUGACUUUUUCACAUGGUCAAAAGAUCCAAAGCAUUCAGUCAAAAAUUGUUGUGGUAAUUUGGUGCUUAGUUUUGAUGAUUCUGGUGCAGAGCUAUACAGCAAGUUUGUCAUCAAUGCUAACGGCAGAGAGGCUCCAACCUUCAGUGACUGAUCUAAAACAACUUUUGGCCAAUGGUGAUUCUGUUGGACACCAAAGUGGAUCAUUUGUGCAAUCAAUUCUGAAGAAGCUUAAAUUUGAUGACCACAAGAUAAAGGUUUAUAGCACGCAGGAGGAAUAUGCAAAAGCAUUAAGGAUGGGAUCAAAGCAUGGAGGGGUUUCGGCUAUCUUCGAUGAGAUACCCUAUCUAAAUUCUUUCUGCUCGAAAUACGGGAGGGAGUUCCAGAUGGUUGGCCCCAUUGACAGAACAAGUGGAUUUGGUUUUGUUUUACCUAAAGGCUCUCCAUUGGUACCAGACCUUUCAGAGGCCAUCUUGAGCUUAACGGAAGAACCUGAAAGGUUGAAGAUUGAAAAGACAUGGUUCAUGGAUUCGUCCUUGGAUUAUUAUGGCAGUCACAGCAAAGGCUCAUCACGUAUCAGUUUUCAGAGCUUCCAAGGUCUUUUCAUCAUUGUCGGGUGCCUUUUAGGUGCUGUGCUGUUGAUAAACUUUAGCAAGUUUCUAUAUGACAAAUGCAAAGAGAUGAGAGGCUUCGGUUCAGACCGUGUCCAUAGUGGCGAGAGAGUUGUUUGUUACGGUGAAGCUCAACCACAACCACCGCAGAUUGUCAUGGUCGAUCGACGAUCCUGUGCCUGCUGAUACCCUCCAGAUUAGGACUGAAAACAAAUAAAGAGUGUGAACAGUUAUCUGCACCAACUAUCCCAACUCCCAAGGCACUAGAAUGGCUCUGAAGCUAGAAAAAAGUUCACUUGUUUUGGCCUGCUUGUUGCAUGGCCUUGCUUAACUGUGUAAGCCUCUUCUGUUGGUUUUAAUUAGUCAAUUGAAAGCUAUUCUAAAACUCUAGAUUUGCAAUAAUUGUAAUGAUAAUUGUAAUGUAGCACAAACAUGCUGAACGAUGUUCAGUUGAUGUUUUUCUUUUCUUGGGACAAAACUCAAUUGUAAGCUAUUCUAAAAGAACUCUAGAUUGACAAUGAUUGUAAUAUAGCACAAACACGACGAACGAAGUUUUUCUUGGGCAAGA